GGGGCAGGCGAGCCAAGGCGACCGCACGGUGCACGCAGCGGCGCGGCGGGUCAGCCGGCGGCCAAUAGCCGGGGCGCAGCCCGCCCCGUCGCCUCCCCCUCGGGGAGGCUAUAAGUCUCCCGCGACGCCUUGGGCGCCCGCCGUCCUGUGCUUCCCAGACCUCCGGGUUUCCCGCGUCGCUCUCCGCCCCGCUCGCGUUGCCCUCCGCCGGUCCCCAGCGCACACUCCGCCCGCCCGCUCCCGCCUGCUGUCUUCGACCCGGGGCGGACCAGGGGUCCCCGCUCUCGCGAGAAGUGCGCCGCUGCCGGGCGGCUGGGGUGCCGGAGCCCGCGCGGGCCCUCGAGGGGCCGAAGAUGGGGUGGUGCGCUGUGAAGACGCAGCUGCUGCUGCUGCUGCUGCUGCUGGCGGCGCUGGUUCUCCAGCCCUGGAAUCCCUGCCUAGGUGCAGACUCCGAGAAGCCCUCCAGUAUCCCCACAGAUAAAUUAUUAGUCAUAACUGUAGCAACAAAAGAAAGUGAUGGAUUCCAUCGAUUUAUGCAAUCAGCCAAAUACUUCAAUUAUACUGUGAAGGUCCUUGGUCAAGGAGAAGAGUGGAGAGGUGGUGAUGGAAUUAAUACAAUCGGAGGGGGCCAAAAAGUGAGAUUGAUGAAAGAAGUCAUGGAACAUUAUGCCAGUCAGGAGGAUCUGGUUGUCUUGUUUACUGAAUGCUUUAAUGUUAUAUUUGCUGGUGGUCCAGAAGAAGUUCUAAAAAAGUUUCAAAAGUCAAACCACAAAGUGGUCUUUGCAGCUGAUGGAAUUCUGUGGCCAGAUAAAAGACUAGCAGACAAGUAUCCCACUGUGCACAUUGGGAAACGCUACCUGAAUUCAGGAGGAUUUAUUGGUUAUGCUCCUUCUAUCAACCGUAUAGUUCAACAGUGGAAUCUCCAGGAUAAUGAUGAUGAUCAGUUAUUUUACACUAAAAUUUACAUUGAUCCACUGAAGAGGGAAGCUAUUAACAUCACAUUGGAUCACAAAUGUAAAAUUUUCCAGACCUUAAAUGGAGCUGUAGAUGAAGUUGUUUUGAAAUUUGAAAAUGGCAAAGCCAGAGCUAAAAAUGUAUUUUAUGAAACAUUACCAGUGAUGAUUAAUGGAAAUGGACCUACCAAGAUCCUCCUGAAUUAUUUUGGAAACUAUAUACCUAAUGCAUGGACACAACAUAAUGGCUGCACUUUUUGUGAAGUGGAUACAAUUGACUUGUCUGCAGUAGAUGUCUAUCCAAAUGUAACAAUAGGUGUUUUUAUUGAGCAACCAACCCCUUUCCUACCUCGAUUUCUGAACACAUUGUUGACACUGGAUUACCCAAAAGAAGCACUUAAAUUCUUUAUUCAUAACAAAGAAGUUUAUCAUGAAAAGGACAUCAAAGUAUUUUUUGAUAAAGCUAAACAUGAAAUCACUACUAUAAAAAUAGUAGGACCAGAAGAAAAUCUAAGUCAAGCUGAAGCCAGAAACAUGGGAAUGGAUUUUUGCCGUCAGGAUGAAAACUGUGAAUAUUACUUUAGUGUGGAUGCAGAUGUUGUUUUGACAAAUCCAAGGACUUUGAAAAUUUUGAUUGAACAAAACAGGAAGAUCAUUGCUCCUCUUGUAACUCGUCAUGGAAAACUGUGGUCCAACUUCUGGGGGGCCUUGAGUCCUGAUGGAUACUAUGCUCGAUCUGAAGAUUAUGUGGAUAUUGUUCAAGGGAAUAGAGUAGGGAUAUGGAAUGUCCCAUACAUGGCUAACGUGUACUUAAUUAAAGGAAAGACCCUCCGAUCAGAGAUGAAUGAAAGGAACUAUUUUGUUCGUGAUAAACUGGAUCCUGAUAUGGCUCUUUGCCGAAAUGCUAGAGAAAUGACUUUACAAAGGGAAAAAGACUCCCCUACUCCGGAAACAUUCCAAAUGCUCAGCCCCCCAAAGGGUGUGUUUAUGUACAUUUCUAAUAGACACGAAUUUGGAAGACUAUUAUCAACUGCUAAUUACAAUAUUUCCCAUUUUAACAAUGACCUCUGGCAGAUUUUUGAAAAUCCUGUGGACUGGAAGGAAAAGUAUAUAAACAGAGAUUACUCAAAGAUUUUCACUGAAAAUAUAGUUGAACAGCCUUGUCCAGAUGUUUUUUGGUUUCCUAUAUUUUCUGAAAAAGCCUGUGAUGAAUUGGUGGAAGAAAUGGAGCAUUAUGGCCAGUGGUCUGGUGGGAAACAUCAUGAUAGCCGUAUAUCUGGUGGCUAUGAAAAUGUCCCAACCGAUGAUAUCCACAUGAAGCAAAUUGGUCUGGAGAAUGUAUGGCUUCAUUUUAUCCGGGAGUUUAUUGCGCCAGUCACGCUGAAAGUCUUUGCAGGCUAUUAUACUAAGGGAUUUGCACUCUUGAAUUUUGUAGUAAAAUACUCCCCUGAAAGACAGCGCUCCCUUCGCCCUCAUCAUGAUGCUUCUACAUUUACCAUCAACAUUGCACUCAAUAAUGUGGGAGAAGAUUUUCAGGGAGGUGGAUGCAAAUUUCUAAGGUACAAUUGCUCUAUUGAGUCACCAAGGAAAGGCUGGAGUUUCAUGCAUCCAGGGAGACUCACCCAUCUGCAUGAAGGACUUCCUGUAAAAAAUGGAACAAGAUACAUUGCUGUGUCAUUUAUAGAUCCCUAAGUUAUUUUCUUUUCAUUGAAUGAAUUUUGUUUUGGAAUGGAUGACUGGCAUGAACAUGCCUUUGAAGUCCUUGAGAAGAUGAAAGGAGUAUUUAAAUAACUUCCACAGAACAACUUCACUUUAGGCUAAACAUUUGAAAAACUUCUCCUAAAAAAAUUGUUUGAUAUUUCUAAAUGUCUGCUCUGAGCCUUAAAACACAGAUUGAAGAAGAGAAAGGAAAAAAAAAUGUAAAAGCAAUUAUUUAUUUCUAUGACUUAUUGUCUCUGAAAAUAAUGACAAUUUUCCAAAUUUGUGUUUUAGUUGAUUCAGGUACAGAUGUACAAGUGACAAAUGAGAGUAAUAAUAUUUCCUUAUUAAAAGAGUGGGAAGAAUUUUAUCAACAUGUAGACAAAAUGGAUAUAAAUGAAAAUUUCAAGUUUUGAAAUGCAGGAAAACUGGAGUUCUAACUGAAUUUGUAUGCAACCAAUUGCAUAAGUACUUUUUUUGACCACCUAUAUUGGGACCUUUUUUGGUGGUUAUUGAAGGAAUAUGAGGAACAAUAUAUAAAACAAUGUUUUUCCUCAAGAAACGUAGCACAAAAUACAACUGAAGUGCAUAUCCAGUGGAAAACAUUUUUGUUUAGAUUAUUAGAUUAGUUUUUACAUUUGCCUUAGAAAUCAAGCCUUAUGUUCCUUCAGAUAAAUUUUCCAAGGUGGAUUAGAUUUAGUAGAUGUUAGAUUUAGGAAAGCUUUCAAGUCUUUUGAUUUCUUAAAAGCACAUCAGACAUCAACUUGAGAUCAGCAAGUGUCCUUAUGUCAAGACAGGGUCAUUUUUAAUUCUAGAAAAUAAGGAAAAGGAAAAUUUCAUUGAGAUUUAAUAGUAACACAUGAUUUUUUUUUUUUUUAAUAAAACUCUAAGUACUUGAAUUUUAUAUCAGGAAAAUAAAGUUGGUGAGCCUUUGUUCUUCCCUUUUACCGUCUGUCUUCCUCCUAAUUCUUUUUUUCAGGAGGGUGAUUCACUUUUUUGUCUUCACAGCAUAGUCUCCAUUUUAUCCUUCUUACUGCUUUUAUUACUUUUCUUUUAUCCCACUUUCAAAAAAUUCCCCGACACAAUUUUGUGACUUGAUUUUUUUCACCAUUAUUCUGAGUGAGGUUUAAAUAGUCUCAAUGUAGCUACUGUUUUUAAUUUAAAGGUUAAACUUGAAAAAAAGUUUUAAGUCAUGGUGCCAAAUUUCAUUUUUCUAACACUGUGUGUUAGAAAAUUAUGAAAAAUAAAAUAAUUUAAAAUGUU